GCUGCCGGGGCCGGCCGGCAGAGGGAGCUGGACAUGAUGGACCACCUUGCAAACACGGAGAUCAACAGCCAGCGCAUCGCUGCUGUGGAGAGCUGCUUUGGGGCUUCCGGGCAGCCCUUGGCCUUGCCGGGCAGGGUGCUCCUGGGAGAAGGGAUUUUAACCAAGGAAUGCCGCAAGAAGCCAAAGCCUCGCAUCUUUUUCCUUUUCAACGACAUCCUGGUCUACGGCAGCAUCAUCAUCAACAAAAGGAAGUACAACUCCCAGCACAUCAUCCCCCUUGAAGAUGUCACUUUGGAGACGCUGCCAGACACCCUGCAGAUGAAGAACCGCUGGAUGAUCAAAACCUCCAAGAAGUCCUUUGUGGUUUCUGCGGCCUCCCUGACGGAGAGGAAGGAGUGGAUCAGCCACCUGGAGGAGUGCAUCAAGCACCUGCUGAGCAAGACGGGCCGGCAGCCCUGCAGGGAGCCCGCGGCGCCCUGGAUCCCCGACAAGGCCACGGACAUCUGCAUGCGCUGCACGCACACCAAGUUCUCCACGCUCACCCGCAGGCACCACUGCCGCAAGUGCGGCUUCGUGGUGUGCGCCGACUGCUCCAGGCAGAGGUUCCUGAUGCCCAGGCUGUCCCCCAAGCCCCUGAGGGUCUGCAACCUGUGCUACAGGCAGCUGCUGGCAGAGAAGAAGAAGGAGGCAGAGGCGGAUCGGAGGCAGACGGAGCCCAUCCCCUCUGCCAUGCAGGGCUACGAGCCCUCCAGCGGCGAUGACAGCGACAAGUCUGACGAUGAGAAAGCUGAGCAGUGGCCAGCUGACACAGAGUUUUAUACCUCACAGGUGUCCUGGUCAUCUUUCCACAGCUGACCUCC